UCCACAGAAAGAGGGCGCAAACCGAGGGGUCCUCCUCGGCCACACGGAAGAAUCGCAGGCGAUUAGAAGAAAACAACGAAUUUGGAAGAAACGAAGCAGAGAGCUCGAGCACACACUCCAGCAAAGGGAAAGCGCUUCGGCUGCUCCGCCCCCCUCUCGAAGCAACGUUACCGCCUUUAUGCCCUUUUACUCAUCACACAUUUGGCGCAAUCCCCACCCAAGGCAACCUCCGCCGGCAUUCCAUUUGUCUGCACUCCUCUUCCCCUUUCCGACCCCUUUCAAUAACUCCAUUCCAAAGCUUCACUCUUCUCUUCUUUCUCUUUUCCUUCUUCUACAUGGAGGAAGUAGAGGAAUCACGCAACGAUAUGAUGCACGGUUUAAAAACCUCUCCGAACUCGAAAUCCUCUUCCCCGCCUUCCAAUUUCCCUGGCCGAUCGGAAUCGACGGCCGGUGGCCACGUAUUCUACCGUCAGUACCCUCCUGCCCUUAUUCCUGAAGCAGCCAAGCGCCCGGGCAUCCCGCCUGUUCAUCCAUUAUUCCCCCCUACCUCACCUUACUCCCAGAUCGCGGCCACCGGCGGUGCCGCCGCACCGCCAUCUCCGGCGAACUUGAGUCCUUUGCCUUCCCAUUCUCGUUCGCUCUCUCAGCCUUCCUUCUUCUCUUUUGAUUCGCUGCCAUCUUUCAAUAAUUUACCUUUUACCGACCAGGCGGCUCCCAUCGAUGCAAACAUGGAGAACUGUUCCGCGGCUGCUUCAGUCACCCGGCAAACUCCGCUCCCGCCUGCAAGAAGAGAUCUUGCCGUUGCUGAAGGGAUCCCGCCGCGCAAAGCGCAUAGGCGUUCACAGAGCGACAUACCUUUUGCAUUUAUACAAUCUUUCAAUCCUAUAUCUGGACUCCCACCGCUGCCUCAGCAUUUGUCGGUGGCUAAAGAAAGCCCUCCGCUGGGAUCGGGUAAGCGCCAGGCUCAAUUUGUGAAGCAAGAAGCUGAAUGUGAUAGAGAUGGUGAUAGUGAUCCAAAAUCUGAGGGAGAUGCAGGAGAUGAUCUCAUCAGCGCUUACAUGAAUCUUGACAGCUUGGACACUCUCAACUCUUCAGGCACUGAAGAGAAGCGUGAUGACUUAGACAGCAAGGCUAGUGGCUCUAAGACGAAUGGUGCAGAAAGCAGUGAGAAUGAAGCUGAGAGCAGUAUGAAUGAGUGUCCGAGCAGAAUGAUGGAUAGGAAGGAGGGGCACAAGAGAAGUGCAGUCGGAGAUCCCGUUCCGAUCAAGAUGGCGCCCAGACAUUGUAGGAGUCUUUCAAUGGAUAGCUUUAUGGGAAGGUUGAAUUUUGGCGAGGAAGUACCAAAGCUGCCACCUUCCCCCAGAGCGAAGCCUGGUCAGCAUUCGCGUAGCGGAUCAAUCGAUGGGUUGUCCGGCACAUUCAGCUUGGAGUUUGGGAAUGGGGAGUUUAGUGGUGCCGAGAUGAAGAAAAUCAUGGCUAAUGAAAAACUUGCAGAGAUAGCAAUGACUGAUCCUAAAAGAGCUAAGAGAAUAUUAGCAAAUCGCCAAUCCGCUGCUCGUUCCAAGGAACGAAAAAUGCGUUAUAUCUCAGAGCUGGAACACAAGGUGCAAACUUUACAAACAGAAGCAACCACAUUGUCAGCUCAGCUGACUUUGUUACAGAGAGACUCAGCUGGAAUCGCUUCUCAGAAUAAUCAUUUGAAGUUUCGUUUGCAAGCAAUGGAGCAGCAAGCACAGCUUAGAGAUGCUUUGAAUGAAGCUCUAUCCGCGGAGGUUCAGCGCCUGAAACUUGCCACCGGCGAACCACUCUCCGUCAACUUAAACCAGCAAAUUCAACUGAAGCCUCUAAUGUUCCAACUUCAACAGCAGUUCCAAAAACCACAUCAGCUGCCCAACACUGAUGUUUCAGAUACAGAAAUGAAGCAGUGAUUCACUGAACCUUCGCCUGCCAUGUUCUUCUUCUUCUUCAUCUUUCUGAAAUUCUUUUAAUCCAUACUUCUGUUUUGGGAAAUUUACAUGCUCAGCACACAAUUCUUAUGUAUUUACAUAUCUCACGCCUAAUCUUUGAUAUUUAUGCAUCAAAAUGUGUAUUAGUGCUAUUUUUAAUGUGAUGUUAGAAGAUUUGAGUGUCAGUGUCAUGUGUGUAAAUAUGAAAGUUUAGGUGUGAUUUAUGUAAAUACAUAAGAAUUGUGUGCCAUGCUUGUAAAUGCCCCUCCUAUUUUUUCGUUGAAGUAGAUAAUUUGGAAUGUAUUAAGAGCUGUAUUUGUUUUGCAACUAGAAGCACGGGCACUUGUCUUGAACCACAACGAACUGAAUGUGAUGGGUGGCGCUGCUGCUGAUAUUGCUCUUUAUGUAGUCUCUUUUUUUUUAUUAUUUUUUAAAUUUUUACAUAAAAGUUUGUUUGACAGAUUUAUAUUAAGAUUUUGGUGGCUGUUAACAUUA